AUGGACAACUCGGAAAUUCUCCGCACUAUUGCGACUCUUAACACGCGCGCCGUUAGAGCCGAACGGAUCAUAGCAAGAUACGAGCAAGAGCUGUCGGUUGCACGUCGGUCGCUAACGCAGGCCAAUCAUGAGUUGGAGGAGAUUGCAAAACUUGCGGAGAUCCUUUACGAGACCAAUCAAAAACUUGGUACCGUUACAGACUAUCUGUUAGAAGAACAAAUAAUCAAACUGGGGGAUCAAGAAUCCAAAUCAUUCGACACAGUAUUCAAUAUGGUGCUGAAACAAGUUGAAGACAAAUCAAAACCCGACAGUGGAGACGUGAAUUCUGGCACCAACAGCACCUCCGACUAUGCAUAA